AUGGAGAUUACCAAAGAGCUCUUCGGCAAACGCGGGCGCAUUUACAGCUCGCGGCCGCGCAUGGUGAUGGGCAACGAGAACCUCACCCAAAACAAACACACAGCCCUGCUCCCCUAUGGACCCAAGUGGAAGAUCCACAACCGCAUUCACAACUCCAUCUUGGCGGCGGGAAAAACGCAGCACUACACCGAGCUCAUUGAAAGCGAGAGCAUCCGGGUGCUACACCAUCUGAUGCACACCAAUGAGUACAAUAGAUGCUAUACGCGCUUCACGUCAAGCAUCAUCUUCAGUCUCGUGUACGGCAAGCCGCUACAGGGCGACGAGCCCGAAUUCCAUGAAAUGCUGAAGAUUGCUGAGAACUUCGUCGCAGCGAUUGCUGGCGGCACCUGGCUGGUCGACAUUUUCCCCUUCAUCAACCGGCUGCCUAGCUUCCUCAACCCAUGGAAGAGCAUGGGAAACCGCUUCCAUGACCGAGCAAUGCGUCUAUUCCAGUCCAAUGCGAGCCACGCCAUGCGCACCAAAGCUUGGAACUUCACCAAACACGUCCACGCUGCCGAAGACACCAGUGGACUUACUGAUAAGGAGGUGCUCUACAUGAUCGGGGUGCUGUUCGAGGCUGGCAACGAUUCAACCUCCACAGUGCUCCGCUUCUGCACCAUGGCUGCUAUUUUGUUCCCAGAUGCGGUGCAACUGGCCCAAACCGAGCUCGACGCCGUCGUGGGACCUUUGCGGCUACCCACUGUCGCUGAUCUGCCCCAGAUGCCGUAUGUUAGCGCGUUUAUCAACGAGGUUUUGCGCUGGCGUCCCAUCACGCCUGGAGGAGUAGUGCAUGCUAGCUCGGAGGAUGACACCUUCAUGGGAUACCAGAUACCCCGGGGUUCCGUGCUCAUGUUCAACCACUGGUCGGCGCAUCUGGAUGAAGACACGUACACUGAUUCCUUGUCAUUCCGUCCGGAUCGCUGGCUGGAGAAUCCAAAUCUGCCGCUACAUGCCUUUGGAUAUGGUCGCCGCGUGUGUCCCGGCCAGUAUGUGGCGCGUAAGACCUUGGACAUCAUGGUCCCACGGCUGCUCUGGGCGUUCGACUUCGAAGCCGGCUACGAGAACGGGGUCCGCGCUAAGAUUGACCCUUAUAAUCUGCAGGAAUUGGGAGCUCUGUUGCGACCGGUACCAUUCCCAGCCAUCUUUAAGCCGCGUGACGAGGCGCGUCGGGCGCUGAUUGACAUGGCCUUUGCUAAAAGAGAUACCGAUAUUGAUGGCAUUCUGAAUCGAGUUAAGACCGCGAUUUCUCGAGGUUCUGACAUUAUAUCAAAUUGA